AUGUCUCUUGCAGCUUUAGAUCUAUUCAAUGUAGAAGGCCGCGUUGCAAUGGUCACAGGUGGGAGUAGUGGGAUAGGACUUAUGAUCUCUAAGGGACUCGUUCAAAAUGGUGCAAAGGUCUACCUUGCUGCAUUGUCACCUAUUGCAGAGGUCGUUGACGAGCUAAAUCAGUUGGGGAGAGAUAGUGGGGGUACCGCAGAGGGUUUCGUCUGUGAUGUUUCAUCCAAAGAAUCAAUAUCUGAGCUCGCUCGGCAAGUCUCCCAAAGAGAACAGUCCUUGGAUAUUCUGAUUUCCAAUGCGGGCAUCCGUCGCGACCCUCCCCAGGCAUGCAAUGUCUUGACUGCAACCCUGGAGGAACUUCAAAACUCGAUGUGGUCCAUCGAGGAAAAAGACUGGGAGGAUACUUUUCGUGUGAACUCGACAGCCCAUUACUUCCUUAGUGUUGCCUUCCUUCCACUUCUAGCUGCCGCAGCUGAGAAGCAGCUGAAGAAUGGAGGAAAAGGUCGCGAUGAAGGAAGAGGGGUGAUUGUUGUGACAAGCUCUUGUGCGAGUAUGCACAAUGCAACGAAUGUCGAUUUGACAAGCUAUGCCUCCAGCAAGGCGGCUACCGACCACUUAGUCAAGUUGUUGGCAGCCAAAUACAAUCGCUUCUAUGUCCGAGUGGUGGGCAUCAACCCAGGAUUCGUUCCUAGUAAUAUGAAUCCUGUCGGUGCGGAAGGAAAUAUCUUUAGCUCGUUGUUUGAUAAGGUUCCAGCGAAGCGAGCGGGCGCCUCCGAAGAUAUGGCGGGCACGAUCCUGUAUCUUGUGAGCAAAGCAGGAGCAUAUGUGGAUGGUGUCUCGUUAUGUGUCGAUGGCGGCAGGAUUUUGUUAGCAAAUGGACAGGAAUGAUGGGUACAGAAACUGGA